AUCGAGAAGCGUGUUGUUGGCGGAAGUAUUUCGUACGUCUGCCUUGUAGUUCAUUUAAAGCUCCAUGUGGCUGUAAUUGUCACGUUUAAGUCAAUCUGUGCCUCUUAAAACAAUCAAAAUGGGUAAAAAGGGUAAAAAAGAAAAGAAAGUGAAAGGAGCGGAGAAAACAGCCGCAAAAAUGGAGAAGAAGGUGUCAAAAAGAUCGAAAAGAGAGGAGGAGGAUUUAGAGGCUUUAAUAGCAGAAUUUCAGUCUCUGGACGCAAAAAAGACGCAGGUGUUGGAGACGGCGUGUCCCCCUCCGUCCCCCAGGUUGAACGCUUCUCUGUGCGCGCAUCCCGAAAAAGACGAGCUGAUUUUGUUCGGAGGGGAAUUUUUCAAUGGGAAGAAAACAUUUCUGUACAAUGAAUUAUUCUUCUACAACAUUAAGAAAAACACCUGGGUGAAGGCAGAGAUCCCGAACCCUCCUCCAAGACGCUGCGCUCAACAGGCAGUGGUAGUUCCCCAGGGUGGAGGGCAGAUGUGGAUAUUUGGAGGGGAGUUUGCGUCCCCUGACGGCGAGCAGUUCUAUCAUUAUAAAGAUCUGUGGGUGCUUCACCUGGGGACACGCACAUGGGAGCAAAUCAAAGCUCCUGGUGCUCCGUCUGGCAGGAGUGGACAUCGAAUGGUCCUGAGCAAACGACAGCUGCUUGUGUUUGGAGGCUUCCAUGAGAGCACCAGGGAUUAUAUUUAUUACAAUGAUAUUCAUGCUUUUAACCUGGACACAUUCACAUGGAGCCGUCUCCAGCCCACAGGAACUGGCCCCUGUCCCCGUUCAGCCUGUCAAAUGACCCCCACUCCUGACGGCAACGGUGUCAUCAUCUACGGCGGAUACUCCAAAAAUAGAGCGAAGAAGGAUGUGGAUAAAGGAACCAUCCAUUCUGACAUGUUCCUGCUGAGGAGGGAAGGCAAAGAGGAGCAAGAAAAGUGGACAUGGACACGAGUGAACCCUUCAGGAGUCAAGCCCCCUCCUCGGUCAGGCUUCUCUCUGGCGGUGGGCCCUGGGGGCCGGGCGCUGCUCUUCGGUGGCGUCUGUGAUGAGGAGGAUGAGGAAUCUCUGGAAGGAGACUUUUUUAAUGACCUUUACUUUUAUGAUAUCAACAAAAACCGGUGGUUUCCUGCUCAGCUAAAGGGCAACAAGUCAGAAAAGAAGAAGAGGCGCCGUGGGAAGAAGGGAGAACAGACGAAUGAAACUGAAGGGGAGAAAGAGGAGCCACAAGGUCCCACUGAGAUUGUUAAAGAGAUCGUGGGUGAGGAUGGAACGGUUAUGACCAUCAAGGAAGUGAUUCCAGCCGCACAGGCAGAGGAGGAUAGUGAGGAGGAGGAGGAGGAGGAUGGCGAAGAGGAGGAGGCGGCUGCAAUGGCUCCCCUGGUGGAGCCCUGUCCUCGCUCCAGCGCCAUGGCAACGGUGAAGCACGGCAAGUUGUACUUGUACGGCGGAAUGUUUGAGGUGGGAGAUCGACAAUUCACACUCAGCGAUCUCUACAGCCUGGACCUGCAUAAGAUGGACCAGUGGGAUGUUCUAGUGGAAAUGGACCCCAAGACGCAGGAGUGGCUGGAAGAAUCGGAAUCAGAAGAUGAAGAAGAAGCAGCAAAGGGCGGUGAUGAUGAGGAAGAGGAUGAGGAAGAGGAGGAAUCUGAAGAGGAGAGUGAAGAAGAUGCAGACCAUCCUCCAGUAAAGCCCGGAGAAGCGCUUGCGGAUUAUCAAACACGAACUGAGAAAUACUGGCUGGGUAUGGCCCGAGCCAACAUGGGUGCUGAUGCCAAAGAAAAGAAAGUACAAAAGGUCGGCCACGCCAUGGCCAAGGUGUUCUUUGAGGAUCAGGAAUGAGAUUAGUGUGUGUGUGUGUGAGAGAGAGAGAAGAUAAUUAAAGGGUUUGUUUGUGAGAAAGAGAAUGGAUAUGUGUUAUCAUAAAUAUUAGCAAGCUGUGUGUAUGAAAGUGCACAAAAAAGAACGGAUGGAUGUGUGUUUGAGUUUUAAAGUAGUUAAAACAUGUUAUUCUGACUGUAAUGUUUAAAAAAACAUGGCCUUACUCUUUUCUCACUAUUUUGUCCAUGUGUUUUUAUUAUUAAUAACAGAAGCUGAAUCUCAAAGUAGUUUAAUUAUUUGCGUUAAGCGUUGUUUUUUUCCUGCUUUCCGUAACCCUCUCUAAUCAGAUUCAGAAACCAUUUUUGGGUUGUGACCACUGCUCUAAAUCAUACUAAACUAGGCAAUAUUUAUAUUUUUUUAUAAUAUUUGAUCAAAUAAUUUCAUUAUUUAGCAUAAGCAAAUUGUUUACUCCUUUUUUUUUUUUUUUUUUUUUUUUUUUGAAGGGAUAUUGUGCAACAUAAAUUUGCUCCCUCAUCAUAAAUUGUGUUUGCUUAAAGUAAUUAUGUAAUAUCUUUAGUGAUUUGGUCCCAAGAAAUCAAAGAUUAUUCAGAAUCUUAUUUUCCUGCCCUUUUUUAAAUGUCAAAGAGAAAAGAAAUCAUUUUUAACUUGUUUCAGUGCCAUUCUUCCUGACUAAAGAUGACAGUUCUGUUAUCAGUUAGCAAAAAAAGUCAUAAAAGUUCAUAUUUUCAAGAUCAGUUGACAGACCUUUUUUCCUUCUCUGACAUACAUGAAUUUUAAAAAACGUCAGAGAUAUUAACAUAGUAAAGGAAAGCUUAUUGAAUGUUGCUCUUCUUUAAACAACUUUGAACAACUAACCUCUUUUACCCAUUAUUAUUAUCAGUCGUUUUGCUAGAAAACCUUUUUUCUUUUCUUUUUAUUGUCAUAAUGCAUUCCUGCUCUAAACAAAACUAGAAAGUAUGAAAUUGCAACAGGAAAAAAAAUGCUAAAUAAAUAAAGCAGUAUAGAUAUAUACUAUUAUAAUAUUUAUUCAUAUUUUGUAUUUUUUUUUCACUUUUAGUCAUUUAUUUUUAGUAUUUUUAUUUAUUUUUUUAUUUCCGUUUCAUUUUUCAACUGAAACGUGUUUAUUUCAGUUAGUUGCCAAAGCAACAUUUCUCAUUUUUUAUUUUUUUUGGAAAGUUUGUCAUCAUUUACAAUUUAUUUUAUUUCAGCUUUGUUUCAUUUAAUGAAAAUGAUUUUAAUAGUUGAAGUUAACAAUAACAACACUGGACUUAGAUUUUUGCUGUAUAUCUAUUGAUAUGCUCUAUUAUAGUGAUAGUUGCCGUGUGUCUCAAACUGCUGUCAUUUUGUCAUUCACAGCUUUUUAAAAUGCAGUAUUUGUCUAAACGUGAGAGAUAAUCGCAACAAAUAUCAGAACAGAUGUGUUCUGUGAAAGACAUCUAUAAGAAGUUUUGUCUUUGAGCUGAAGAAAGCUAAAUCGGAUGGCCAAGCGGCAAUCACAGCUUCUAAAUGAAAGGCGCUUCCCACAUUGACCUAUUUUUUGUUGGCUGUGAAGAAUGAGCGAUGUAGAAAGAGAAGCUAAUGAAUAAUAAAUGGCGGAUAGAGAAAUGGAUGAGGUUACGAUUAUGCAGCCAACUGUCUCUCAUCUCCCCUCUUUCUCUCUCCAUCUCGCCAUCUUUUUUAAAAUUCAGAAUUUCUUUUUAAAAAGACAGAGUUUAUAAAUAACUAAAAAGUCACCGUUUUUACAGCCCUGCUCUGACGUCGUGAAGCACAUGAACCUACUGUCGUCAGAGAGGCGUCAGAAGAGUGUGUGUGAGAGGGAGAAACCGGGACAGAUUUGCUAGUUCUCUAAGAUUUGCUAAGAUGUUUGUAGGUCACAUUACUUGAUUGAUUCAAUUUAUUUACCUAGUGGCUGUCUUUAUGACCUCAUUAGUGUGCUGAACCAAUAAGACAGAGUUUGAUAAAAGAUAAUGAUUCAUAAUUGAAGCUUGACUAAUUCUAUAGCUUGAGGACAUGUUUCCUCACAUUAUCUAAUUUGUUUGGACACAGUUUGAAAAGGCUUGUAAAUGGAGCCAUUUAAUGAUCUUUUACUGAUCAAAGGUGUUACAAUGAAGUUUCAGAAAGAAUUGAUGCAGUAGACUCUCGCAAAACUUUUUUGAAUCUUUUGAUUUUGGGUUGUGUGUGUGUGUGUGUGUGUGUGUGUGUGUGUGCAUAUAUAUAAGACAUGUAAAAAAA